AUGACCAUUGCAAGCAUUAUUUCUCAUGUCUAUACUUUUUCCAGUCCAAUUCUCUUUGAUCGUCACCCUUCCAGCGAACUUCAAGAUGAAGUGAUGGUUGUAUUUCAGAGUUACCAAUAUAUUCUGGCCCUGGUUUUUGCUGCAAAGCAGAUCAGUGAAAAUCUCCAACUCUUGGCUAAUGUCACCCUUGGGUUUCAUAUCUAUAAUAGCAAUUUUAGUCCAAGUUGGACCUUCCUUGCCUCGAUGAGACUUCUUUCCAUGCACAGCAAAUUCAUCCCAAACUAUAAGUGUGACUUGGGGAACAUUCCCAUUGCAGUAAUUGGAGGACCUGACAUCUGUCUUCACAUGUUGAACCUUCUGUCUAUCUACAAAAUUCCACAGCUCACAUAUGGCCCUGCUCCAGUAAUGAAUAAAGAAACCCAAGAUGUAUUUUUACAACAGAUGUUUCCCAAUGAGGUCUUACAACAUCAAGGAAUCCUUCUGUUACUUUUACAUUUCAGGUGGACAUGGAUUGGACUUCUUUCUGUGAAAGAUGAAGCAGGAGAGAAGUUUGUACGGGAUGUAGUCCCCAAGUUCUCUCAGCAUGGAAUCUGCUUUGAUUUUAUGGAAUGGUUCCCAAAUGUAGCAUUUUACAGUGAUUUUAUGGAUGUGAUGGAUAAAGGAUUUGAAAUAUAUGAAAUUCUCAUGAAAAGCACAAGCAGUGUGAUAAUUAUUUUUGGUGAACUUCGGACCAUGUUAAUUUUAAGAACACUUCUUCGUUUUUCAGAAGUAGAAGAUUUAGGAUUGAGAGAAAAAAUCUGGGUUAUGCCAGCACAAAUGGAUUUUACAUCAGUGUCCUUGAACAAAAACUGGGAUAUAUGUUUCAUCCAUGGUGCUUUGUCCCUUUCCUCUAAUUCAAAGGAAGUGUUUGGAUUCCAGGAAUUUCUUCAGAGCAGAAAUCCAACAACAGAACCACAUGACGGCUUUAUCAGAGAUUUUUGGGAGCAGGUGUUUGAAUGCUCAUUUCCCAACACUAAAAAAAGAAUUAAAAGACCUGAGAACAUCUGUACUGGAGAAGAGAGAUGGCAGGCCCUCCCUGCUUCUGCUUUUGAACUUAACAUGAGUGGCCAUAGUUACAAUGUGUACAAUGCUGUCUAUGCCGUGGCACAUGCUCUGCAGUCAAUGCAUUCUUCUAAAUACAAGCAAAGAAAUUGGAUGAAUUUGGAGAAGCAGAAGUUUCAGGACCUACAAUCAUGGCAGGCAUACCCUAUUUCUUUGUGUAAUGAUCAUUGCCAGAGAGGCUUUAGGAAGACCAAGAAGGAAGGGAAGCCAUUUUGUUGUUAUGAUUGUCUUCCAUGUCCAGAAGGGAAAAUUUCAGCUGAAAGAGACACAGCUGACUGUUCUCCAUGUCCAGAAGAUCAAUACCCAAAUCACAACAAAAAUGCAUGCAUUCCAAAAGUCAUCACAUUCUUAUCAUAUGAAGAUGCUCUGGGAAUAAGUUUGGCUGUUUGUGCUCUUUCUUUUGCUUUCAUCACAUCUUAUGUGCUCAGGAUCUUCAUUCAACACAGGGACACUCCCAUUGUCAAAGCCAACAACAGGAAUCUCACCUACAUUAUCCUCAUCUCUCUUCUACUAUCUUUCCUUUGUGUCUUGUUAUUCAUUGGGAGACCAAAUAAAUUUGUAUGUCUUCUUCGACAACCAGCUUUUGGUAUUAUCUUCUCAGUGGCAGUUUCCUGUUUGUUGGCCAAAACUAUUGUGGUUGUCUUAGCAUUCAUGGCUACCAAGCCUGGGUCAAAAAUGAGGAAGUGGGUGGGGAAAAAAAUGGUGAGCUCCAUUGUAUUUUCCUGCACUCUUGUUCAAGCCAUCAUUUGUGCUUCAUGGCUGAUGACAUUCCCACCAUACCCAGAUUCUGAGAAACAUUCAAUGUCUCAAGAAAUCGUACUAGAAUGCAAUGAAGGAUCAGUGACCAUGUUUUACUGUGUCUUGGGUUUUAUGGGCUUCUUGGCCAUUGUCAGCUUCUCUGCAGCUUUUCUAGCCAGGAAAUUACCUGACAGUUUCAAUGAAGCCAAAUUCAUCACCUUCAGCAUGUUUGUCUUCUGCAGUGUUUGGUUAUCUUUUGUUCCAAGCUACUUGAGUACCAAAGGAAAAUAUAUGGUGGCUGUGGAGAUUUUCUCCAUCUUAUCUUCCAGUGCUGGCUUGUUGGGUUGUAUUUUUGCCCCCAAAUGCUUUAUCAUUCUGUUCAAACCUGAACAGAACAGUAAGCAUUUGCUCAUGAAGAGAUAA